AUAUUGAGUUGGUGUUAAAUCUUUAUUUUUGUGAUAGUGAAAUGAGUCUGUCUAGUCUGCUUUUUGUUUCCUUCUCCCUCUUUCACUCUCUAUCAUAUUCUUUUAUUUUAUUUGUUUUUUUUUUACUGCUACAUUCCUCAGUUUUGUCUCUCAUUUAGAGGGACCCUCAUCCUUUUCUUCACCUUUUUAAGAAGUUUGGGUUCCUUGUUGUGUGCAGCAAAAUGCAUCUUUUAUACAUAACUCUCAGAUCAAAUCAAGAACACAGAAGAAGAAGAUUUUGAAGCAAAUCUUGAUAUAGUUUUGUGUCUUUCUUUGCUGAUUAGUUGAGUUAAAAAUUGAAUCUUUGUGCAUAAAUCUGAGAGAGAAGAAACGGGGUAGAAGAAAAACCAAGGUUGUUGGAGAAUAGAGAUAUUUUUGGUUAAAACAUGAGGGAUUUUCCUUCUUGUUUUGGGGAAACUGGGGUUCAAGUAGCUGAUUUUUCAUCAUCAAGUGGUAAUAAGGCUGCUCAGAAUUUGGUGACUUGUGUUUAUCAGUGUAAGUUGCGUGGGAAAUCUUGUUUGCUUAAUGUUACCUGGGGUAAGAAUUUGAUGGGGCAAGGUCUUACUGUUGGGAUUGAUGAUAAUACAAAUCAGUGUCUUUGUAAGGUUGAUAUUAAGCCCUGGUUGUUCUCUAAGAAGAAAGGGUCAAAGACUUUAGAAGCAUAUUCUAGGAAAAUUGAUGUAUAUUGGGACCUGUCCUCAGCGAAGUUUGGAUCUGGUCCAGAGCCAUUGGAAGGAUUCUAUGUGUGUGUGGUUUCCGAAAGGCAAAUGAUUUUGCUCCUUGGUGAUAAGAAAAAAGAAGCUAUCAAGAAAACAAGUGCCACUCCUGCUGCUUCUGGUGCUGUUUUUGUUGCUAAGAAGGAACAUAUAUUUGGCAAGAAGGUAUUUGCCACUAAGGCUCAGUUUUGUGAUAAUGGCCGAGUCCAUGAUCUCGUGAUUGAAUGUGAUACAAGUGGCACCAGCGACCCAUGCCUUGUCAUCCGCGUGGACAGUAAGCCAAUGUUGCAGGUAAAGAGGCUAAGGUGGAAGUUCCGCGGUAACCAUACCAUUUUGGUUGAUGGCCUUGCUGUAGAACUGUUUUAUGAUGUCCAUAACUGGCUUUUUGGCACAUCCAUUGGAAGUGCCGUCUUCAUGUUCAAGACCAACAUUUCAGCUGAGAAAUUAUGGGCAACACAGCCCAUCUGCGAUCCCCAAACACUAAAUUGGUCUUGGUCACAGAGAUUCAGAGAGGCCCAGUCGCAUAAUCUUGGUUUCUCACUCUUUUUAUAUGCUUGGAAAAAUGAAUAGUCAAUUUGAUUGUAUUCAACCUUGAGUUCUAACGUAUACUUUAGCGAGCUGUGAUUUAUUGACUAUGAAAUUCAAUUAUACUUUCAUUUUAAAUAGUUGAUUUGUUCUUUUCGUAUGUUCAGUUGCUCAAGCUGAGAGCCAAGACAAAUAGACAUUUUUGCCAGUUUGGUUGUAAAUUGUUCAAUUAUAGUUCUUUUCAUUUACUUUUCCAAUUUCCAUGGAGAAGAAUAUGAAAUCCAUUUAUUCUUGGUUAAA